AUGUUACUGUUGGCCACUUUACAUAACCCAUCGGUUCGGAUAACCCUCCGAAACGUUCUUAUGGGUUCAUCCACUUUAGCACUCCGAAAGUUCUCAUCUCGAGCUCUCCUCGGUCAACAUCCAUUACCAUUACCAUUACCAUCAUCAACGCCAUCAUCAAAAUCUCGUCAAUAUCGUCAAACUCCUCUUAUAAAUCAAAGAUUUAUAGUAUCUAGUUCAACAGUAAGUCUAUUACAAUCUCAAGAACAAAUCGCUAAUAGUGAUCUUAAUAAUACAACAGCUCAAGCUGAAUUUUAUAAAUCUUUAUUAGCUAAUAAUUAUCCUCAUAUUGUAGUUCAAAGAUAUGAAACUCCUGGUAUAGCUUCAUCACCUGAUUGUACUUCAUUAUAUAUUGAUGCAUUAAAUAAAAUCGGUAAAAAGGGUAAAGCUGAACAAGUAGCUCGAUCAUUACUGAGUCAAAUGGCUAAUAAUACCAAUUCAAAUAAUAAUAUUAAUGGUCCAAUGGGAGGUUCAAUACCUCAUGGAUUUGGGUCAAGAUAUGAACCAGUUCAUGUGAUUGUUAGUGAAUCCUUAUUAACUAUACUUUCUAAAUGGUUAAAAUGGCUUAUACCAGUAGCUUUAUUAACUUAUGGUGCAACUAAUGCAUUUAAUUAUUUAGUUGAAAAUGGUACUAUAUUUAAAAAUAAUGAAGUAUCUGAUAAAUCUAUUGAUGUAUCUCAAUCAACCGUUAAAUUUUCUGAUGUUCAAGGUUGUGAUGAAGCACGAGCUGAAUUAGAAGAAAUUGUUGAUUUCUUAAAGGAUCCAGCUAAAUUUACUGGUCUUGGAGGUAAAUUACCAAAAGGUGUACUUUUAACUGGACCUCCAGGUACUGGUAAAACUUUAUUAGCAAGAGCAACUGCUGGUGAAGCAGGAGUACCAUUUUUCUUUAUGUCAGGAUCAGAAUUUGAUGAAUUAUAUGUUGGGGUUGGAGCUAAAAGAAUUCGAGAAUUAUUUUCUCAAGCAAGAGAUAAAUCUCCAGCAAUUAUAUUUAUUGAUGAAUUAGAUGCUAUUGGAGGUAAAAGAAAUCCAAAAGAUCAAGCUUAUGCAAAACAAACUUUAAAUCAAUUAUUAGUUGAACUUGAUGGAUUCUCUCAAACUCUGGGAAUUAUUAUUAUUGGUGCCACUAAUUUUCCAGAAUCUCUUGAUAAGGCAUUAACAAGACCAGGAAGAUUUGAUAAAGAAGUUAUUGUAGAUUUACCUGAUGUUAGAGGUAGAAUUGAUAUUUUAAAACAUCAUAUGAAAAAUGUUGAAACUGCUGAAGAUGUUGAUCCUUCAAUUAUUGCUAGAGGUACCCCUGGUUUAAGUGGAGCAGAAUUAAUGAAUUUAGUUAAUCAAGCGGCAGUUCAUGCUUCACAAUUAUCUGCACCUGCUGUUGAUAUGGGACAUUUUGAAUGGGCUAAAGAUAAAAUUUUAAUGGGAGCUGCUAAAAAGAAGAUGGUUAUAACUGAAGAAUCAAGAAUUAAUACUGCUUAUCAUGAAGCAGGUCAUGCAAUUAUGGCAAUGUUUUCAAAAGGGGCAACACCAUUAUAUAAAGCAACUAUAUUACCAAGAGGUAGAGCUUUAGGUAUAACAUUUCAAUUACCAGAAAUGGAUAAAGUAGAUAUGAGUAAAAAAGAAUGUUUUGCAAGAUUAGAUGUAUGUAUGGGAGGUAAAAUUGCUGAAGAAAUGAUUAAUGGUAAAGAAAAUGUUACAAGUGGAUGUUCAAGUGAUUUAUCAAAUGCUACAGGAGUUGCAAGAGCCAUGGUAACUUCUUAUGGUAUGAGUGAUUUAAUUGGACCCAUUAAAUUAUCCGAUAAUUGGGAACUGUGGUCACCAGAAUUAAGAAAUAUGGCUGAUAAAGAAGUUCGAGAUUUCUUAAUUUCAAGUGAAGAUAGAACCAGAAAAUUAUUAGAAAAUAAAAAAAUUGAAUUAAAAAGAUUAGCGGAAGGAUUAUUGGAAUAUGAAACUUUAACAAGAGAAGAAAUGGAAAGAAUUGUUCGAGGAGAAACCAUUAAUAAACAAAAGAUUGUUUCUAAUACUGUUAUAAAGACUCCUAAAACUAAUGAAGAUAGAAAGGAUUUUACUAUCCCCGUGUAA